AUUGAGACGAGUGUUGUCAUUGGGAUCUGAUAAAGAGUACAGAAUAUCGGUAUUGCCAUAUCAUGUAUUGAAACUAAGAAUAGUAGGCCUAGUAUUCAUUAUGUUGUACUACAGUAUAUUUUGUACAAUUUUUCUUCUGCCCUACAUUUUAGGUUACAAGGUAUUUAAUGGUAGUUUAUAUUGUAAAGAGAGAGAAUGCAACUUUAAAGCUAGUGUGAUAGAUAAAGUUGAUUCUUCAGCUUAUGGAGUGUACAAUGAUUCGUUAUUAGAUAUAGGAUGGAGUACAUUAGAUCUUGUGGCUGGGUAUGGACCCCAUCAGCUAGAUGCCAAUAUCAUGUAUUCAGCUGGUUUCUUGGAAGGAAUUCUUACAGCAAGAAGUAUAUCACAGCACAUACAGAAUAUAAGAGACGUGAUAUUUAGGAUAAAAGAUAGAUCCAUUAUAGAGGAAAAACUGAAGGAGUAUUUUAAUAAACAAGAUAAAUGGAUGAGAAGUAUGAUAGAAGAUAAAUCACCACAAGAUGGAUUCUGGAGACAUGUUUAUUAUAUUUUAUCUCAGUUGGAUGGUUUGAUUGCUGGGUAUCAAGCUGCCAGAGAACUUAAACCUUCAUUACCAAAACUAGAGGAAUAUGACUUUCAAAUGUUAAAUAGUAAUGGUGAUAUAUUUGAUUUGAUAAAUAUUGUUCAUCCCGAGGCAAUACCAGAUUGGAGAAAAAUGAACAGACAGGAAGCUGUUCAAUAUGUUCACACUCAUGGCAGAUGUUCAGCUAUGGUCAAGGUUUUAGGCGCUUACGAAAACAUCUAUAUGUCCCAUUCAACUUGGUUUAAUUAUGGAGCUACCUAUAGAAUUUUUAAACAUUGGAAUUUUAACAUCAGAGAUACUCAGACAUCUUCUAAACGUCUUUCAUUCUCCAGUUAUCCAGGUUUUUUGAUAUCUGUGGAUGAUUUCUAUAUUCUCAGUAGUAAAAUGGUGAUGUUACAGACCACAAAUAACCUAUUCAACAAAACACUAUAUAAAUACUGUAAACCUGAAAGUCUGUUAGCUUGGCAUCGAGUCAGAAUAGCCAAUAUGAUGGCUAAUUCUGGUAAACAAUGGGCUGUUUCUUUCAGCAGAUACAACUCAGGUACCUAUAAUAAUCAAUACAUGAUAGUAGAUCUAAAGAAUAUACAUCUCAAUAAAGCCAUAGAGGAUAAUGCUCUGUGGAUUAUAGAACAAAUUCCUGGACUGGUUAGUUCUACUGAUGUUACACCUAUUCUACGCACAGGCUACUGGCCCAGUUAUAAUGUACCAUUCUUUGAAGAAGUUUAUAAUAAGAGUGGUUAUCCAGAGUUUGUUGCCAAACAUGGUAUAGAUCUAUCCUAUCAGUUGGCACCCAGAGCUAAAAUAUUCCGACGAGAUGAAGGAAAAGUUACAGAUUUAGAAACAUUUAAACACAUUAUGAGAUAUAAUGAUUUUAAAACCGAUCCAUAUUCGGAAUCUGAUCCGUGUAAUUCAGUAUGUUGUCGAGGUGAUCUGGAGAAAUCCCCAAAUACAAUGGGUUGCUACGAUACUAAGGUCACGGAUUUCAAAAUGGCUUUAAAUCUACAAGCUGAUGUUAUAAAUGGUCCAACAUUAGGAUCUGAUCUACCACCGUUUAAAUGGACAUCUGAGUUUAAUCAAUCACAUGUUGGACUACCGUCUUUUUAUAACUUCUCCUUUAUACCAACUACUCCCAGAUGGAAUUAAACAAAUCUUUCAUCACAAUUAUCAUCAGCUUUCCGUGACGUCAAAAUCUAAAUACUAUGUAAUUUUACUCAACAGCUCAGAUUUAUGAAGUCAUUUGUAUGUUAAGGAUUUUGUCCAUCCAUUUGAUCGACUCUUAUUACUGGCGUACACAUGUAUGAUGUUACUUUAAUAGCAGGGAAUGCUCAGCUUUAGGACACCUGGUAUCUCAGUGCGACCGAAUUUAUCACCAUUUACCACGCAUAUACCACAUGUGAUAUUUUUUUGUAUAUAUAUAAUUCAGUGAGUAACUUCUAACGGCUGCUUUUCUCUGGGCUUCAAAUAUUUCCAAAGAAUUUGGUCUUACGUGUUAGUAGUAUUCCGUUUCAUUUUUUGUUUUUCCAUAUUUGUUUACUGAAUUGAUUCAUAUAUGAAAAUAAAAGAUUAUUUUCAAGU